UCGCAGCGCCGCCUGUUGCAGCUAUUCGAUCAUUCGGCUAUCCUCCGCUUCUCCACUUCUCCGCUUCUAGGGUUGCCUGCUGCUAUUCGAUUCUUUGGUAUUCUGCUUCUUUUUCCCACGAGAAAUGGCGGUUCCGCUGCUCACUAGGAAGAUCGUCAAGAAGCGCGUGAAGAAGUUUAAGAGGCCCCAGAGCGAUCGCAAGAUCUGCGUGAAGCCAAAUUGGAGGCGGCCUAAAGGUAUCGACUCCCGUGUGAGGAGAAAGUUCAAGGGAUGCACUUUGAUGCCCAACAUCGGCUACGGCUCUGACAAGAAAACCCGCCAUUAUUUGCCCAACAAGUUCAAGAAAUUUUUAGUUCACAAUGUUUCCGAGCUAGAGUUGCUCAUGAUGCACAACAGGACCUACUGUGCGGAGAUUGCACACAAUGUUUCAACCAGGAAACGAAAGGAUAUUGUGGAGCGAGCAGCACAGCUUGAUAUUGUGGUCACCAACAAGCUUGCCAGGCUACGCAGCCAGGAAGAUGAGUAGUGUGAUUCAGCCUUUGCUUUCCUCAUCUUUUUUCCCCUUAUUGUUAUAUGUUGAAUUGUUUUCUUCCAUGGCAGUAAGUUUGUUUUCUUUAAUAGCUGUAUUUGUACUUUUGAAUUUUAUAUUCUGUUGAGCCUGAAUUGUUUUG